AUGAUUGGGUUUUUUUGUGUGUGUGUGCCUGCGCAGGUGGUGCCGGACGACAGUUACCUAAACGAGGUGCAGAACUCAGUCCCCCUGUCCUGCUCCGAGGGCUUCACCGAGCUGGGCUACUACAAUGGCACCGUGUCCCAGACGGACUCGGGCGUGCCGUGCCUCAAGUGGACCGAGUUCCCGGACUACGUGGUGCAGUACCCGGGCCGGGGGCUGGGAGACCACAGCUACUGCCGGAACCCGGAUCGCGAGUCCAACCCGUGGUGCUUCUUUCGGCAGAACUCGGGGGCCAUCGGCUGGGCCUACUGCGACUGCCACCAGGGCGCGGCGCGGCUGGUGGGCGGCUCGUCGUCCAGCAGCGGGCGGGUGGAAGUCUACCUGAACGGCCAGUGGGGGGCGGUGUGCGACUCUCACUGGUCCGACAGAGACGCCAGCGUCAUCUGCAGGCAGCUGGGGUUGAGCGACAUCGGCACGGCGCUGCAGCACUCCCAGUUCGGCUCGGGCUCCGGCCUCUACCACUUUGAGCGCCUGGGUUGCCGUGGCGACGAGACGAGCCUGAGCGCGUGCAGGAGCAAGACAUUUGUCACGGGAGACUGUAACCAUGGAAACGAGGCGACGGUGCUCUGCGCGCCUCCCGAAGGCAGCGGACCUCCACUGCGACUGGUCGGAGGCGAGGAAGACUUCGAGGGUCGCGUGGAGGUCUUCCACAGCGGGAGGUGGGGCUCGGUGUGCGACGACCAAUGGGACGACAGAGACGCGGAGGUGGUGUGCAGACAGCUGGGCUACAGUGGUGUGGCCAAGGCCUGGUCGUGGGCCCACUUUGGUCAGGGUGCUGGUGCCAUCAUGCUGGACGCUGUGCGCUGCACAGGAAAUGAGCUGUUCCUGGAUCAGUGUCCCCACGGCGACUGGGAGCAGCACAACUGUGACCACAUGGAGGACGCCGGCGUCUCUUGCAGCCCAUACACAGACGGCGUGGUGCGCCUGGUAGGUGGAGACAGUCCCUGGGAAGGCAGAGUGGAGGUGCUCCACAGCGGGGACUGGGGGACCGUGUGUGAUGACCACUGGACCCAGCAGCAUGCCCAGGUGGUGUGUGGACAGCUGGGCUACAGGGGUCAUGCAGAGGUGGUGUCAGGCGGGACGUUCGGCGAAGGUGCGGGUCUGAUCCUGCUGGAUGACGUCCACUGCGACGGCUCGGAGACCUCCCUGCUGGACUGCCGCCACGGCAUCUGGGGUCGCACCGACUGCUCCCAUGGCGAGGACGUGGGCGUGCGCUGCAGAGGACGCAGCAGCACGGAGACCAACGAGGUUCCCGCCAUCGCUCUUUCUACAGGUCCACUGGUGCGUCUGGCGGGGGGCAGCAGCAGGAAGGAGGGGCGUGUGGAGGUGUAUCUCCAUGGCGACUGGGGCGUCAUUUGUGACUCCGGAUGGAACGACCUCAACGCAGCCGUGGUGUGCAGGCAGCUGGGACACAGUGGCGGAGCGGUGGCAGCCGGGGGCUUCGGGCAAGGCAAAGGCCCGGUGCACCUGGACCAGGUGAGGUGCACGGGCAAGGAGGAGUUCCUGGGCGAGUGUCCCUCCCUGGGCCAAAGCAUCAUGGGCUGCAGACGCAGGCAGGCGGCGGGGGUCAGGUGUGACGUCGCGGCGCCGCAAGCGGUGUCGGCGGUUCAAGUCCCGCGCCAGGAGCUGAGCUGCGGCCUGAGGAAGCUGCAGGGGGAAGGGGGACGAAAUAUGCUCAGGACGGCGUGGCCCUGGCAGGUGUCUGUGUGGCUCCGGUCGCAGGGUGGAGAUGGCGGGGGUCCUCUCUGCAGCGCCACCCUGAUAAACGCCUGCUGGGCGCUGACGUCCGCCACCUGCUUCAGCAGGUUCGGGAGCGAGCCGUCCAGGUACUUGCUGCGCCUGGGGGCCUCGGAGCAGACCGUCAGCCCCGAGCAGGUGGUGGUCCACAGGAAGUUCAAAGGUCAGAGCGGCGGCCACGACCUGGCUCUGCUGAAGCUGCCCAGCGCUAAGGGCCACUGUUUGGCCUUUGACCCCGACGUCAAUGCCGCCUGCCUCCCCGCGGCCGACUCGGCACCCGCCGGCGCGCCCUCGUCCUGCGUCGUCAUGGUUACCACCGGCUGGAGCGGAGCAGACUCUGUGCUGGCCUCCUGGGUGCCCCUCAUGUCGUCAUGGCAAUGCAAGAAGCGCCACGGCGACAGCUUCUCCAGCCACGCCACCCUCUGCGCCGGCAGCCCCCCGGACACCAGCCUCCUCCACGGCGACGGUUGCCGGGGCAACUCCGGAGGCGGGCUGCUGUGUCAGGGGGAGUUGGGUCGAUGGGUACUGGAGGGGGUCGUCGCCGGCGGUUAUGACUGCGCCGACCCCUCCUCGCCGGCGCUCUACACACGAGUCGGACGCUUCCGGGGCUGGAUCGACGACGUCACCGACGGCCAGAGCGGCCGACGAGGGGUCGCGUCCAGGUCGGAAACAAAUGACAUCAUUGUUGGCGGCGUCGGACGACAACACCAACGCCACGCGGCGGACACCCACGCGCAUGUGACCGCCUAGGGGGGGGGGGGGAAAUCCAAUCUGAACUCACCUCCGCCGAUUGGCCAGGUGGCUGUGUGUGUGUGUGUGGGCGGAGCUCGCUGUGUUGCCCGGACGACGGCCCCGAAAAAUGGCGCAGCAUGUGCUUUUAUUUUGAAAAGAAAACAAUCGCUAGUGUGUGCAGCUGGUCAACAUGCAAGCGGACGUUUUAUUCCGACUAAAAAAAGAAGAGAAAGAAGGGCUUUUCUUUGCUGCAUCUUGAUGAUUUCAAGCCAUGACUAAGAUACUUCAACAAGGAACGUUCCAAUGUUUCCACGUCAAUACUUCUCGUCAAUAACACAAGAGCUCUAUGCACUAAACAAUAACACUCAGUAAGGUGUUUAUCCUACAAUAACACUCAGUAAGGUAUUCAUCCUCCAAUAAGUGUCUAUAUUACACAGGUAUAGAUCAUCAUUAUGUUGCAAAUGACCUCAUUUCCAACAUUUGAUGUUGGAAAUGUGGGUCCAAACUAUAGAAGCCUGUUUCCGCCACUGAAAAAAAUACCCCAAUAAUAUCUCAGAUUUAUGAGAGAGAAAAUGUCUUAGUUAUGAGAUAAGAAAGUUGAAAAUAAACGAGAUAAAAAGUCGAAGUGAUGUGCGAGAACUUGUUUGUGUCACAGUUUGGACUUUUUAUUUCAUAAUUAUG